AUGAAUUCGAAGAAAACAAAAGGAAGGCAAAAGAUAAACAUAAAGAAAAUUGAGAGAGAAGAGGACAGGCUAGUCACAUUGUCGAAGCGAAAAAAUGGUAUCUACAAAAAGCUCUGUGAGCUCUCUGUUCUCUGCGACGUUAACGUUGCAUUUCUCGGGUACACCGGCUCUGGAAAGCCAUAUACAUUUGGCAGUCCAUCGUUCCAUGCCGUUGCAGAACAAUUUCUCAAUGGCGAAGCCUCAUCGUCCUCUUCUUCUUUGCAACGACCGGUUGAUAGGAACUAUAAAGCAAAGAUUCAAUAUCUUUGCGAAUUGUACAAUAAUAUGAUAGAUGCGGUACGUGCUGAGGAAGCGAAAGCAACAAAGGCAGCUGCAUCUAUGGAGCCGUUGCCAGAAGAUGCGUGGUGGAAAGUGCCUCCGGCAGAGGUGAAGGAUCAGGAAGAGAUGAAACAGUAUCUCGAGAGGUUUGAAGGGCUCUAUGAGAAGUUGUCUUAUGAACUUGCUGCAAGGAGCGGGAGAAACGAUACUGCAGAAAAGGACAAAUGA